AGUGUGCCGGAAACUUCAGAAGAAGAAGGAACCGGAAGUGAGCUCGUGUGUAAUCAAAACACAUGUGAACAGUUUUUCUGCAGUCAGAGGGAGUCUGUAUUGAAUUUCUUCGGGAAGUCUGCGUGGAAAAACGUGGAAAUGGAAGAAGCACUUGUUCGAGCCACGAUUCCUCAGGAUCUGGUGAAGGUUCUCGGUGUUGAGUCUCGGCCCAGCUCCAAAGCAGCGGCCUUCACCCAGGCGUUCCUGAAGAACAGCAUUCAGCACCACGCACGAUAUGAUCUGAAGAGCAUGUUGACUCACAAGGCUGUGAUACUGGGCUACACCAGGCCCAAGAAGGACAAGUCCAAGAGGAAAAGCAAGAAGGCCAAAGGACUGAACGCUCGGCAGAAGAGGGCGAUGAAGAUCUUCCAGAUCAAGCCUGAGCACCAGAGAUACAAGCUUUUCCUGCCUCUGCAUAAUCUCUGGACACAGUACGUUAUUGACCUGUGCAGCGGGUUGAAACCAACAAGCAAUCCACAGUUUGUGCAACAGAAGCUUCUGAAGGCAGACUUCCAUGGUGCCAUCAUCACAGUGGUCCGGUCUAAAUGUUCAUCAUAUGUCGGGACUACAGGGAUUAUAGUCCAAGAGUUCAAACACGUCUUCAAAAUCAUCACCAAAGAAGACAAACUGAAAGUGAUCCCGAAGAGGAACAGUGUGUUUGCAGUGGAGAUCAACGGCUUUGUCUCCCACAUCUACGGAAGCAAGUUUGAGCAGCGAGCCAGUGAACGCUCUGCCAAGAAGUUCAAAGUGAGAGGAACCAUCGACUUGUGAUGCGUCACUACAGGAUGCAGUGAGCCUCGACGAGAGGGACAUUACGAACUCAGACUGCAGCCACAAUGUGCAGCCGAUCAAUUGUUGUUUCACAAAUGGCCAUCACCUUAUUUUAAAGGACACUCCACCCAUUUUGCACACUCGGGUCAUGUGGAGUACGACACAGCCAGGGAAAACAGUUGUAUGUUUUCUGUGCCGGGAGCUUUGUCCAGCAGUUUGUGAUUGGGGACACAUUUAUAGGGAUGGCCCAAUCAAGUCCUUUAAUAUUUGGUAUCUGCUGAUUCAAUAUUUAUAUUACCUAAAGGUUGAGCAAAUACAUAUCUGACUCAUUGAAAACACAGCUGUAGACUACUUAAUCUGAUACUUAUUUUCCACAAGCAGAUAAGAUUAAAUUAUUGAUACGAAAGAAAUAACUGGAGAAUGUGACAUCUGCUCGAGAGAAGACGUGUCACUCUGGAGACGUGUGAAGUUGUACUGUGGUGUUGCAGAGGGGAGCUGCUUCUCUUAACCAGACGACGUACACGUUUCAUUUAGGUUCCUGGUCAUAUUUCUAGUUGUUCACCUAAUGUUUGAUCCGAUGUUUCCAGAGUAAAGUGGGUGCUAUCAUUUUAAAUAGUAUUUUGUUAACGGCCGCUUUACAUUGAUACAAAAAUUAUAUUUUAUUAAAAAAAAUUGCAAAACAUGUUGAUACUCCUUAAAGAAAAGUAUCAUCAAAAGUUCUCCUGGUGUUGUGCUCUAAUCAAACUGUAACGCUGUAACAGUCUUAAGCUCUCAAUGAUGGUAUGUUUUAUUCAGAGGUAUGAUCAGACUAGAGUGAAGAUUGUAUUUAUUUAUUCUUGUGAAUGGGAGUCAUUGAACUGAUAACAUUUAGCUCAUGUAAGAAGCCAGAUGGAGAACAUAUCUGUCGUUCGACAGCACUGUUUAGUUUGUUGAGCUCAUUUAGUUUUAAUAUGGAAUGCAUAUUGGACAGUAGAGGGCAAAGAAAGCAUUUGAUGUAACUACACUAAUGUCUGUCUGCACCCUCUUUGUAACAGAAUAUGUGAAACUUGAUGGACUGUAAACUGUCCUGACUGAAUACAAAAGCAAAAACACUUUGUGUACUUUCCUGAAUUGCUGUUCUGAACUACUUGUCUUUACCUGCUGGUUCCUCUGACACCUCCCGCUCCCCAGCGUGUUGUUAGAUAUGCUGCUGAGCUGGACCAGUGAGUCUUCAUCAGG